CCGUAACCGGCUUACCUCUUGUUCAAUGGAUAGUUUCAUAAUAAUUUCCUUGAUAUAAACGCUUAUCGACGAGACAGGCCUCUCGGCCUCGGUGUUUACAUCGAGGCAUACGGUCGUGGCCUGUCGGUACCUGUCAAUAUAGCGCCACGUGAUACGCUUGACAGCCGCAACGAUUUUGCAGUGUUGUUCCCUACUAACACGUAACGCACACACUGGGAGUGGCCGGGGACAACAAAAGUCUCGAGUCUCACAUUGUCAACGACGCUCGGACUGCCUUUAGCUCUAGCCGGACAUCAGCAGAUAAGAACAAUGUCAUUAAGCGGAGUACAGAUGGGCUUACAUAGCAGACCUGCCUAUCCUGCUACACGAAGCAUUGGCCUAGUGCAUCGACAAGUUGUCGGUACCACCGCCCGACGAGUAUCAACGCGUUCUUCGGCUAUUGAUGCAUCGAUAUUUCCUGUUUCGCUAUUCCCAAGUCACAAAGUGCUACUGCCGACCGCAACCGGCGUCCUUCACGUCACCGAGCCUCACCUCAUCCAAAUGUUCAGCGACCUAGCCGCCAAGACAGGGACCGCCAUCACAGAUUACGAAUCCGAUAGCAACAACAGCAACAACCAGGACGCUCUUUAUGAAGACAACAGCAGUACGUCUAGUAGCAACAGCAGUGGCAACAGCAGCAGCAGCAGUGGCAGUAGCAGCACCAACAGUGUCAUGCGGUUUGGGCACAUCCUAAGUCCCGCCGUCGCCCCGCCCGCUCUCAUGGAGGAUGCAGUGGGUGGCAUGCCGCGAGUGGGCGUGCUUUCCGUCGUACGACGGUUGCGGAGAUCUAACGACGACGCUUCGUUGGUGGUUGAGUACGAGGGGCUGCGGCGCAUUCGGUUGGUCAGCGUCUGGCAGCAGCAGCCGUACAUGGUUGCCGCCGCCAGCUACCUGGCCGACCGGGUGGGUGGGGGCGAGGAGCAGCGGCUGCUGGACGGCCUGGAGUGGGAGCUGUACGGCCUGCUGCAGGAGGUGCGGCGGCUGAGCCGGCAGCUGCGUUCCCCCGGGGAGGCGCCUGCAGAGCUGCCGGAGUGCAUUCCCAGGUACGCGCCCCCCGCCCCCGCCGCCCCCCGCUCCGCCCCCUCCCUGGCCCAGCAUCUGCAAGCCGCCGGCCACCCCGCCGGCAACGCCAUCAGCAUGUGGCAGCGGCACGGCAGCGUGUACGGCAACAGCAAGGGGGCGGAUGCCGCCGUACAGGACCCCUACUCGUUUAUGAGCGAGCGGCUGGGCAAACACACCCGCCAGGAGCUCUUCUCCUUCGCCGCCGCGGGCAUGUUGGAGCUGGGGCCGCUCGAAAGCCUGGCGCUGCUGAACUGCACGGACCGCGCGGCGAGGUUGCAGUGGGUGGCGGCGGCGGUGGAGCCGUUCCUGGAGACGCAGCGGGCGAGGGCGGCGGUGGCGCGGGCGUUGGGAGGGGGUACCGGAGGGGCGGCUGGGGGCGGUGAGGAGAAGAAGUGAGGUGGGGGCGAGGAAGGGUGGGAGAGGUGGGGAUGGCGGAUGCGGAGGUGGAAGCCGUCCAACCUGUGUGGGUUGUAGUUUAUAAUAAUGUGUAACUUUAGCUGUUGGCGAAGGGGAAGAUUCGGUGUUUUGCUUUUUGUUGUAUUGUACUACACUAGAUGCGUUUGUGUUGUUUGCUGAUGGUGUAAGGGUUUGUUGUUUCGUUGCUGUAGCAUAUUUUAAUCAAUUGUGUAGAUGUUCAGAAUCGUUUGGUUGAAGUUUUAUAGCUCGUCUUGUUGAAGUUCGAAGAAGUGACGGUCUUCAAGCUCAUCACAUCGGCAAAGUAUGAUGCACAUAACGCUGUGUAGCUCGAGGGGGAGCUUCAACGCUACUCCUUGCAUUGGCGGCGGCCGUGCAGCGUUGCGUUGUUCGGCUUCUGGUGGGUUUUGGCUGCGAGACUGUGGUGCUGAGAAGCGUUGGGUUGGGGAACGCCUCCUUGACGGGGAGGCUCGCAUUCCCAUAGAUGGGAACGCAGGCCUCCCCAAUCGCGUGGGUUCUACGUGAGGAAGCAGGAACGUUACUAGCUUCCCAUGGACAACCAAACGCCCUUUGGUCGCAUACGGCUUUGGUGCAAGACUGUCUGCAUCCUUCUAUUUUAAGGAUGUGUGCAGAUCUUGGAUUCAGGAUUGUCAGGUAUUUCGUUGUAGCAUACCGGUCCCGUUGUUAAAGUAACAAUUGUUUUUGUGAUUUGUUAGUUGCUUGUUUUCGUUGCCUGUGCUGGCAUGUCAGAUGCAACAGCUGCUGUGCUGUGCGCAACUGGCAACAUGACCCAUGGGUCACAUGGAACAUGUUGCCAGCUGCUGUUGGCGGGCCCUAUAUAUGUACCAUCACGGUCCUCUACCUACAACGCUUGCUGUCAUAGUGACUAAAAG